AUGAAUUUAUUUCAUCUUGAUAAAAAAGAAAAAUACAGUAUAGAGCAUUAUAUGGGAAAACAAAGAAAUAACUUUUUAAUAUUAAAAGAUAAGAAUAAAAAAUUUGAAGAUAAAAUUAAUAAAAAUAAAACAAAGAAUUUUAAAAAAUAUAAUAUAUAUAAUACAAAAAAUUUAAAUUGUCAUAAAUUUUUUUUUAAUUCUUCAAAAACUGAAAGUGAAAUGAAUAAAAAUAAAUCAAAAAAAAAAAUUAAAAUGAUGGGUAUAAAGAAUAAGCAAACUAUUGGUAACUGUAUUUAUAGAAAAAAUUUUGAAGACUCAAAAUUAAAUGCAAAAAAAAAUAAUAAAAGUAAGAAAUAUAAAAGAGUAGAAAAGUCAGGUAACUAUUUUCCAUAUGAUAUAAAUUCAGAUUCGUGUGAUACUUACAAUAAAAGUGAAGUUAUAGAUAAUAAAAAUUAUAAAUUAAAAUUUAAAAAAUCUUUUGAAAAAAAUAAAUUAAAUAAUGAACAUACAAAAAAGAAUAUUUUAUCUAAUAAAUUAAAUAGUAAAAAUAUUGAAUUAAAGUUUGAAAGCUCGGAAAAUGAUAAAUUAUCUAAUAUUUCCUAUUAUCAUAAUAUUGAAUUAAAAGAUAAAAAAAUUCAAAAUGAUAAUUUAUCUCAUAAUUUAAAUUACGAAAAUGUAGAGUCAAAAAAUCAAAAUGAUCAAAAUGAUCAAAAUGAUCAAAAUGUUAAUUUAUCUGAUUCAAAUUAUAAUAUUGUAGAUUUAAAACUUGAAGAUAGUAGAAAUGUUGGCUUAUCUAUUAAAUUAAAUAAAAAUAAUAUUGAUUUAAAAUAUGAACAAAUUGAAAAUACAAAUUUAUCAAACAUUAUGGGUUAUGAAAGUGUAGGAUUAAAACUUGAAAAUACAGAAAAUAUUGAUUCAUCUAAAAACUUAGAUGAUAUAUUAGAAAAAGAAAAUUGUGAAUUUUCAAAAUAUACAUUUGAUAAAUGUUUAAAUGAAGAGGAUUUAAAAAAAAAUGAUAUAUUUAAUAAUAAUACUGUAGAUAAUAAUAUACUUAAAAAUAAAUUAAGUGAAAAUGAGUACAUAAUUGAAAAUGAGGAAAAUAAAUGUGAACAUGUAAGUUUUUAUAAUACACAAAAUAUAAAUGGCAGUAAUUUUAGUAAUUAUAUUUUACGUCAUGAAAAAAAUUAUGAUUUUAAUAAUAAUUUAAAUCAAAGUAAUAAUAACUAUAAUGCUAAUUCUAAUAUUAAUAAUUUAAAUUAUAAAAUGAAUAAUAUGAAUGAAGAAAAUCAUCUAAAAAAUAUUAAUGAAAUCAAUAAUAUAAAAAAAUUAAAUAGUUGUAAUGAAGUGAAUAAUUUAGAUGAAAUAAAUACAUAUAAUAAUAUAAAUAACUUAAAGGAAAUAAAAAGUGAUGGAAGAAUAAAUAAUUUUAGUUGUAACAAGAAAGUAAACUAUGUAAAUUAUUCAGACAAACAUAUAAACAAUGAGAACCAAAAUAAUAAUUUUAUGAAUAAUGAUUUCUUUAAUCAGAAUAUUCCACAUGAAGAUAAUGAAGUUAACGGAAAUAUGAAGAAUAUUAACAAUAUAAGUAAUUAUAAUAAAUAUAUUCAUCAUACAAAUAAUCAAUAUUUUAAAAUUGUGGAAAAUAAAAUAGGCAAAGGGAACAUAAAUUGUGCAAGAAAAAAUGAUUUGAAAAAUGAUUCUAUUACAAUGGAAGAAGGAAAUGAUAAUAUGAUAUAUAAAGAUGAAUUUAUUCACGAAAAUGUUAAAGAUGAAAGAUACAUAGAGAAAAUGAAAAAUAUAAACAUGAAUUUAAAGAGGUUUAAACUAAAUAAGGAUGACAUUAAUAUUUUAGAAAAAUCACGAAAUAUAAGUGAACAAAAUGAUAAAGAUAUGUUUUUCUCUGAUCCUUAUAAUACUAUUAAUGAUAUAAAGAGCGAAAUAGAAGAUAAUAUUUAUUGUGAUAAAUAUGAUGAAAAAACAUUGGGUAAUAUGAAAAGUGAAAUGAAAGGAAAUUAUAUAUGCCCAAUAGAUACAUCAAACAGUGAGAACGUUUGUGAAGUAAAUGAUUUUUCAAAAAAGAAUUGUUGUAUUUCGGUAGAUUUUAAUAAUUUGAAUUAUAUGAAAAACAACUAUAUAGAGAAUGCCUGUGAUAGUAGUAUGUAUGAACUUACAGAUUAUUAUAAUCAUAAUUUUAUAAAUGGUGAAAAUGAUAAUAAAUUAAACACUUAUCAUUCUACAAAUAAUUUAUCUGCUAAAAAUACAAACAAUAGUGAUGAUUUAAAAACAGAAAUAGACUAUAAUAAGAAUAUAGAAACACAGAAUAGUAAUAGUAAAAAUGAAAAACGUAUAAAAAAGUGUAAUAAUUUAUGUAAUGAUAACUUUAAUGAUGAUUAUAAUAAUAACAAUUUAAAUUUUAUGAAUGAAAAUGAAAAUAAUAACUAUAAUACAGAUGAAUAUGAUACAGAAAUUGAAGAAAUGAAAUUAAAAAAAAAGGAAUUUAAAAAAAUGAUUCUAAAUAAUAAAUCUGAAUUUACAACAAUAAAUGAAAAUGAUGAAUUAUAUAAGACAGUUUUAUACAUUGAAAAAAAAAAUAAAAAAAUACUAAAAAUGAGAAGAUCAUUAAGGAGAAAAAGGAAAUUAAAAAGAUUGGUAAGUUUAGAUAAGGAUAAUGAAUCUCCAAGUAAGAAUAUUAAUAAUGAUAUAACAUAUAACCAAAACACAGUUGCAAAAAAUGAAGAAUUUACGCAAAUAUUAGAUAAUAAAAAUGAAGGUACAAGAAAUAAGAAUAUUUUAGAAGAUAAUAUGAUGAAACAAAAGGACAUAAAUAAUAAUUAUUGUAGUAGUAAUAAUAAUAUUGUCAAAAAUAAUAUGGAAAUCGAAAAAAGUUCUACUGUUUUUACUAAUCAUGAUAAUAAUAAUUUCGUUAAUAAAAUAAAAAUGAAUGAAAAAAUUAUACAUGAAAAAGAUGUUAAUAAUAAAGAAAAUUAUGAAAACAGAAAUUUAUUAAAUUCUUCAAGUGGAGACAUUGUAGAAAAUAAUAAUGUAAAUUACAUAACGGAUAAAAAUUAUAAAAAAAAAAAUACUAGCUAUGAGCCAAAAAAAAGUACAGAAAGAAAAUAUAAAAAGUUAAAAAGUAAUGGUAGUUUAAAUAAAUAUAAGAUCAUAGAUGAAAAUAAAUUAAACAAUAAUAUCAACUUACAAGAUAAAUACUAUACAAAUAAUUAUCAUUCAUCUGUUUCAAUUUUAAAAAAAUACGAAAAAAGUGAUUCAGAACAAGGAAAAAAUAAUAACAUUGAAAAAUAUACUGUUUAUAGAGAAAAUGAAUUUUUAUAUGAACAUUUAAAUGAUAUGGGAAUUAGUAAUUAUGAUAUAAAAGAAGAAAAAAAAAAAAACAUCUCUGUUAAAUUAUGUAAUAAUAACGAUAUUGUUGAACCUUUCGCAUCAUAUGAAGAAAAUUUACGAGAUGAAUCAAACGAUAAUUAUGAAGAAAAUAAUGAAAUAAUAAAUAAAAGUAACAAUAUUGGAAAAAUAAAAAUGUCUAGAAGAACAUUAAGAGAUAGAAAAGAAAAAAGUAAGAAAGAUGAUGAUUACAUUUACGAUGAUGAAAUAUUUAAUGAAAAAAUUAAAAAAAGAAGAAAUAAAUUUAAAAAUAAAAAUACAUUAAAAAAAAAUAGAAAAUUUUGCGAAAAUAAAUUUGAUUUCGAUAUUACAAAUUCACAAAAUAUAUUAGAGAAUAAUGAAACAUUAGAUAAUGACCAAGAGAAAAUAAAUGAACAAAAAAAAUUUUUAACAGAUAACCUUGAAUUAAUUAAUGAGUAUUUAAAACAAAAUAAAUUGAACGAAAAUGUAAGUAAAGAAAAUAAUGAAGAAAAAGAAAAAGAUAAUUUAUCCAAUAAGAGAAAUGAUAUAUUAAUAAAUAAAGAUCUAAAAAAUAUAUCAAGUGGUAAUUUAUUAGAUGCAGAUUCUAAUACAAAUAUUUAUAAUGAAGCAAAUGGUAAUCUAAUGAAUAUAAAAAAGGAUAGUAUAAUACAAAUUAUAAAUAGCAAUUUAUUAGGUGUAAAAAGCAUUGAUUCAUCUAAUCAGAGAAAUGAAAUAGAUUUUAAAUCUAAAAGAAAGCAAAAAAGAAGUGUAAAAAUAUAUAGAGUUCAUAAAAAUAGAACAGAAACUCCAUUAGAAAAAAAAUUGAGAAUAAAAAUUUGUUUAGAAGAUUACUAUAAAAGAAAUAAAGAAAUAUAUAAUAAUAUUAAUACAUUGUCUUCUAUAAAUGAUAUUAAUUUACCAUCCAUUGAAGAUGAAAAUUUUAAUGAUAAUUUAACAAUUCUUCUAAAAAAGAAAAAAAAAAAUUUAAUAUGCUCAAACUGCUUAUACGCUUAUAAAGUUCAAAUAAGUAAGAGAAACGAUUUUAUUGAUAAGAAUGAAACAGAAGACAAUAUGAAAUGUAAUGAAAUGAAAGAAAAGAAAAUCGAAAAAAUCAAAGCAACUAAAAAAAGAUAUAACAAGAAAAAUAAAGAUAAAGGAGAGGAUAGUAAAGAUAUAAAUGAUAGCAAUCAUGAAGUAGAAGAGGAUAUUAAUUUACAUGAGAAAAAUAAAAAUGAAAAAUAUAUGGAUAUUAAUUCAUACAAAGAAUUAGUUGAGAAAAAUAUUUUAGCAGAAAAUUAUUGUAAGAUAACAUUUUAUUGUUUAUGUGGUUAUUUUAAAUAUAUUAAAGAAGAUGAUGAAUGGAAGCAAAUUAUAAAUUGUUAUUAUGAUGAAAAGGAAGAACUAAAACCAAAAGCUCCAUAUAUUUUUUGUAUCAAAUGUAAGGAAUUGUUAAUAACUAAUAGAUUUCUUGAUAAGGAUAAAACAAAAAUUAUAAUGAUAUGUGAAUGUGGAAGUAGAAAUUAUGAUAGAGUUAAUUUCUUCUGGGUUAGGAGAGGAAACAUAAAACAAAGAAAGGCACCACAAAUAUUAUGCGAAGAAUGUCAUUCAAAAAUGUGGGUUCACACAUGGCUAGAUGAUAUUGGAUCCAAAGUUAAAUUAUUAUGUAAAUGUGGUUUUAAAAAUUUCCUUAAAAAAAAUAACAGUUGGGUUAGAAGUCCAAGAUGGAAAAAACCUGUUCCAUUAAUAAUUUGUAAUUCAUGUCAACAGAAAAUGUAUAUGAGUCAAUGGUUAAAUAAUGAUGGAACAAAAGUUAAAAUGAAAUGUGAAUGUGGAUGGAAAACUUUGAUUAAAGAAGGAAACACAUGGGUAAGAAGUGAAUGGUCAAAAAAAUUAUUAUGUCUAAGAUUAGUAAAAAACCCACAUUUACUGCAAAAAAAAUAUAAUAUUCAUUCUAGAAGAAAAAAUAAAUCAGUUAAAAAUGAUUCAUCAGAUGGAAAUAAUAAUUUUGUUCUUAAAAAUGAAACAUCUGUUUCUAUGAAUGGGUCAAACAAUAAUGAAGUGAUUGAAGAUGAGUUAAAUAAUACUUUAACUAAUUGUAUUAAAAAGGAUAAGAAUUAUAAUGGUAAAAUAAAGAAAACUAAAUCCUUAAAAAAUACUGCACAAAAUGAAGAACCAUUAAUACAAGAUGAAAAUUUUGUAAACAAUAAUAGUGUUAUUGAUAUGAGAAGUUCAUCUAAUGUAGAUAUUAAUGAAAAUGAAAAAAUUGAUCAAAGAAAUUCACAUGACGAAAUUUUAUUGAAUCAAAGGGAUAAAUUAUUUAAUAAAAAAGAUAAUAAUAUAAGCAAGAUAGAAAAUUACAUAAAUUUUAAACAGAAUGAUUAUAAUAAUUUAAGUAAGAAAUGCGAUUAUAAUAGUAAUUCAGAAGAAAAUGAAACAACUAUAGGUUCAUACAGUAUUGUGAAUAACCAAGAAAAAUGUAUGGUUACAAAUCAAACUUAUGAUACGACUAAAUAUGAACAAGAAAAUAUUAAAACAAAUAUAGGAAAAAAUAUACUAUGGGAAGAGAGAAAUUUUGAAUUAAAUUCAAAUGAUAAUAAUAAAAGAUCAAUUGAAUCAACAUUUGAUGAAAAUAAAGAUAAGGAAAAUAAUAAUGUUUUUACUGAAAAAUUAAAAAACUCAGAGAGUUAUCCUUGUUCAUUAAUAUGUGAUGGAAAUACUUCAAACAGUAGGAGAUACGAAAUGCAUCAAACACAAGAUAGAAUAAAUAAUAUUAAUGAAAAUUCCCUUAUUGAAACUAUAAAUAAUAAUGAUAACCUGAAUCAAAACAGUGAUGAAUUAAAUAAAAAUUCCAUAAAUAGAAAUUCAGCAUAUGAUUUUUAUAAUAUGAAAAAUAUGAAUAGUGAAGAUAAAGGAAAUAACGAUUUCAAUAAAAUGUACUUUGAAAACUCUUAUUACUAUGUUAAUAAUUACUAUGAUCGUUAUGACAAAAAUUAUUACAAUCAAAACAUUCCUUUUAAUGAAAAUAAUUAUAACGAAAAUAAUGAUGUAAAUGUAAAUUUUUAUGAAAAUUUUAUACCUAAUAAUCAAUUUCACCUUAAUAAUAAUUAUGCAGUAAAUUAUAAUAUUAACACAUCGUUAGAAUCUUUUCAUGAUAAGAAAUAUGUUAAAAAUGACGUUCUAUCACCACAAUCUUAUGAUAAAAAGAAAUUUAUAUUAGAAAACAUCAAAAAGUUUGAUAAUAACAUAAAUGAAAUUGAUGUAAAUUCUAUUUUAGAAAAUUUAGAUGAAGAAAUGUUAAUUGAAACAUUUAUUGAAAAUUUAAUCGAUAAAAAUGAAAUAGAAAAAAAUAAGAUGAAUGAUAAUGAAGUUAAUAUAAAUGAAAUGUAUCAAAAUAAAAUGUAUCAAGAUAGUAUGUGUAAUUAUGAAAUUUAUCAGAAUGUAAUUAAUCAAAAUGAAAUUUAUCAAAAUGAAAUUUAUCCAAAUGGAAUAUAUCAAAAUGGAAUUUAUCCGAAUGAGCUUUAUCAAAAUGAAUUUUAUCAAAACAUAAUUGAAAAUACAUUUAAUAAAAAUGAAAUCAAUAAAAACAAUAUUGAUGAAAGUGAAGUUAAUAAAAGUGAAAUAAAUCCAAAUGAAAUUAACCAAGGUAAUGAAAUUAAUCAAAAUUUAAUUGAUAAUAUAAUAGAUAAAAAUGAAAUAAAUAAAAAUGAAAUUAAUCAAAAUUUAAUUGAUAAUUUAAUGGAUAAAAAUGAAAUCAAUAAAAAUAUUAUUAAUAAAAAUGAAAACAAUGGGCAUUUUAAUUCAGAUAAGAUAAAUAAAAAUGAUAUAGAUAGAAGUUUAAUUGACAAAAAUUCAAGAGACAAAAACUCAGCUGAUGAAAAUAUGCUAAAAGAAAACUUAACGAAUGAUAUAAAUAACAGUAAUUAUUCAAACAAUUACAAAUUUGCGAAUGAUUUGAAAACAAAAGAAAAAUAUAAUAAUGAAGUGAAUAGAAAUAUUGAAGGAAAUGUAAGUUUAAAAAAUGUUAACAAUCAUGAAAUAAAUAGUAAUGAUAUGUGUAAUAAUAAUGUGGAAAAUGCUGAUAUGAAAAAUUUUGAAAACAACUAUUAUAAAAAUAGUAAUAAUGAAAAAAAAAAGAAAAGUGAUAAUAUAUUAAAUAACUGCAAUUUUCAAGAAGAGUCGCAAUAUUUUAAUAAUGAAUUUAAAAAUAUCAUUGAUCAUAUAUUUUCUGAUAAAAAUAUAGAAAAUGAAACUUUUAAUGAUUAUGUUAAAAAUGUAGCAUAUAAUUUUUGUAAGAGUUUAAAUAAAAACGACAAUGUACAAAAUAACAAGGAAGAAUGUAAUACAAAUACUUGUGAAGAGGAUAAAACAUAUCUAAAAGAAGAUAAAAUAGAUGAAGAAAUGAAGAAUUAUAAAGAUUUAUCAUUUUCAAUUAAUGAUCACGCAAAUUCCUUUAUACCAAACAAUUUUUGUAAUGAAUUUAAUUUUUAUGAAAACAUCAUGAAUUUACAAAAACUAAAUGGAGAAAUGGAAAAUGAUUUGUCUUCUUAUAAAUCACAUAUAAAUGACAUUACACCAGAAAAACAUGAUUUAAAUGAAAUGCAUGCUGAUUAUAAUUUUAAUUCAGAUAACGAAGAAAAAAUAUGUUCUCAUGAAAAAAAAUAUAAAAUAAAUGAUUUUAUAACCAUAUGUAAAAAUUGUCAUGAAUAUAUAAAUCAUAUUGAUUAUAAAAUGUUAUCAUCAAAUAAUUUAGAAACAGAAAUAGUUAAUAAAAUGAAUAUUGAUGAGGAAAAUACAAUACAAGAUAAUGACUUAAAGAAUUAUGAUGAGUCUGUUAGUGAAAAAAAAGAAAUAAAAACUUAUAAUGAAAAUGCAUAUAAUUCAUUAAAAAUGGAAAAUAAUAUUUCUUUAAAUUACAUACAAAAUCAAAAUGAAUGCAACAAUAAUUAUUCAGGUAAUAAUUCAAAUCAAAGUUAUAAUAACAAUUUUUCAUCUAUUGAAAAUAUGGAGGAAAUAAAUCAUAUUUAUAAUCAAUAUUGUGAUUUUUACAUUAAUAAUUCUAUUAUAGAUGAUGUUCAUAUAAAAAAUAAUUAUUUGGGUAACUUUUUUUUUCAAGAACAAAAUAACUAUUCUUCUAAUAGCGAACAUUUUACUAAUAAUCAGACUCCUAUAAAAAAUGAAAAUUUUUAUUUCAGUGAAGAUAACAACUACUUAAGUGACUCUACCAACUAUAUUAAUACCAAAAAUUUUUCUAAUAAAGAAGUUUCAUCGAAAGAUAAUUCAUACAAAGAAAAUAAUUCUAAUGAUAAUAAUAAUUGUGAUGAUAAUUAUCAAGAAAAUUAUUCUAAUUAUAUUAAUUCUGAGUGUAAUAACAAUUCAUGUUAUAAUAUUAUACAUAUAUAA